ACUAUGUGUUUUAUAUCAACAACAAUACGAUAAUUUCGUUAAUUUUGUAGAUAAAUGUUGAGAACCUUUUACAAAAAUUUCUAGAUCUAUUCAAAAACCACACAAUCCCAAAAAGACAGGCGGCUACUGUUCACUUCUGUUCAGUAAGGGGCUUGAUCAUGGCGAAACACUUUGCACGCAUCAUCGUUUAUGGUGCUCAAUCUGUUGGACGCGCCUUCAUCAAGGCGAUUCGCCAGGAGAUUGAGGCAUCCCGAGCGGCGGCGAGUCACCAUCAGAUGAUCAAAAAUAAAUCUACUGGCCAUGAUUUGACACUGAAGGGCAUGUCCCUUAACGAGGCCCUCCAAAUACUCAAUGUGAAGGACUUGUCCAGCAUCGAAGAGAUCCGGGGCAACUAUGAGCAUCUGUUUCGAGCCAACGAGAAGGCAACAGGCGGCUCAUUCUACAUACAAUCAAAGGUAUUUCGUGCUAAGGAACGCAUCGAUCGUGAGCUAUUCAAUAAAAUGCAGGAGGCCAUGAAAGAAGCUCCAACGGAAACCAUCAAAGAAAGCUGAAUUUAAACAUCGAGAUGCUCUCAAAAAACAGCAUGCAUUAGACUUGUCUGUCUGACUCUCUGGCUGCUUGAAACAAGUUGCUCACGUAGUUGUUUGUUUAAAAUUGAUAAAUUUGAGUUGGCAAAUAAACGACAUCCAUCUGGAUUCAACACGCUAUAGGGAAACAUAAAA